AUGUCUAUGUUCGGAAUCGGAAGGCCGCAGCCGUCGUCGGCGGAGAAGAUCGCUGCCGCCGAGCAGGAGAUGGACCUCGUCACAGACAUGUUCAGCAAACUCUCGCGCGCAUGCAUGAAGAAGUGCAUACCCAACGACUACCGCGAGGGCGAGCUGAACAAGGGCGAGGGUGUCUGCAUCGACAGGUGCGCCGCGAAAUUUUUCGAUGUCCAGAUGAAGGUCUCGGAGAUCCUACAAGCGGAGGCACAGGCAAAGGGUGCUGGUGGUGGUCAGGGACCGGGAGGAAUGGGCUUUGGUGGAAUGUAA